CCCUGUAGAUCUCUUCCUAUCUGUUUCACGUUUAUUUGUAUCAAUUUAUACUCGACAUUGGGCGCCUCGCGCGCGCUUUUUCCACCCAUCAGUGGCGGCGGCGUCGGCGUUCGUGGAGAGCUGAAAAGCUUAUCUUUUUUCUCUAUUUUUAUUCAUCGACGAAUCCUUUAGAUGGAUUUGAGUAUGACAUAGGGAUCUAAGGAUACUCAUGGCCUCCAAAGGUCCCAGGUCUAAGCUUGACCAUGAAACGCGAGCCAGGCGGCAGAAAGCGCUUGAAGCUCCAAAAGAACCUCGGCGUCCUAAAGCACAUUGGGAUCAUGUUUUGGAGGAGAUGGUUUGGUUGUCAAAGGACUUUGAGUCAGAGAGAAAGUGGAAAUUGGCACAGGCAAAGAAGGUUGCAAUCAGAGCCAGCAAGGGUAUGUUGGAGCAGGCUACAAGAGGAGAGAAGAGAGUGAAGGAAGAAGAGCAUAGGUUGAAAAAAGUUGCACUCAACAUUUCUAAAGACGUGAAGAAAUUUUGGUUGAAAAUAGAGAAGCUGGUUCUUUACAAGCAUCAGCUGGAGCUUGAUGAGAAGAAGAAAAAGGCACUUGAUAAACAACUUGAGUUCCUCCUUGGGCAAACCGAAAGGUACUCAACAAUGCUGGCAGAGAACCUUGUUAGCUCUCCAGGUCAUUGCAAAUUGGACUCGAGUUCACCGCAAGAACGAAUGAGGAUCGAGUACAAAGAAGGUGACUAUGACAGGGGAAGUGCUGAACCGAAUAUUGAAUCUCAAUCAAAUGGACCGGAUAUAGAUGGGGAUUAUGAUAUGGACUCUGAGGAUGAAUCGGAAGAUGAUGAGCAUACUAUUGAGCAGGAUGAGGCUCUCAUAACCAAAGAAGAACGGGAAGAAGAAUUAGCAGCUUUACAAGAUGAAAUAGAUCUUCCUCUGGAGGAGCUUCUUAAACGCUAUGAGGAGAGAGUCAGCAGAAAAGCUAGUCCAGAACAAACUGCUGUUGCUACUGGAGCUAAUGGGCCAGUUGAAAAUGGCAAAGAGAACAAAUUG